AGGCCACGGUAAAAGCAUCGUGUGUUUUGUGUGGCCGUGGGCACCGGUGAACUGUUAACAUGGCAUGGAGACUGCAAGUGUAGCUCAGGUCAGCGCCUCUAUGGUUCAUGUCUCAGCACCGGAGGGAAAAGAGAAUAAAGGUGACAGCAGGAAGCACAGGCUCCAGAGCGGACGGCCCCUCUGGCAGACAUGUGCGCCGGGGAAGAGAACUGGGUGGACAGCCGCACCAUCUACGUGGGACACAGGGAGCCGCCACCGGGCGCCGAGGCCUACAUUCCACAGAGAUACCCCGACAACAGGAUCGUCUCCUCCAAGUACACAUCUUGGAACUUCAUACCUAAGAACUUAUUUGAACAGUUCAGAAGAAUCGCCAACUUCUAUUUUCUCAUCAUAUUUCUGGUGCAGCUCAUCAUCGACACGCCCACGAGCCCGGUGACCAGCGGACUCCCGCUCUUCUUCGUCAUCACCGUCACAGCCAUCAAACAGGGGUAUGAAGACUGGCUCCGCCACAAAGCCGACAGCGCUAUGAACCAGUGUCCCGUCCACUUCAUCCAGCACGGCAAGCUGGUGCGCAAGCAGAGCCGCAAGCUGAGGGUUGGGGACAUUGUUAUGGUCAAGGAAGAUGAGACUUUUCCCUGUGACUUGAUCUUCCUGUCCAGCAACCGGGCUGAUGGGACCUGCCACGUGACCACCGCCAGCCUGGACGGAGAGUCAAGCCAUAAAACUCACUAUGCCGUCCAGGACACCAAGGGCUUCCACACUGAGGAGGACAUCGAUGCCCUGCACGCCACCAUCGAGUGUGAACAGCCACAGCCUGACCUCUACAAGUUUGUUGGGCGCAUCAAUGUUUACAGCGACCUCAGCGACCCGGUGGUGAGGCCACUGGGGUCGGAGAACCUGCUGCUGAGAGGAGCCACCCUCAAGAACACUGAGAGGAUCUUCGGGGUGGCCAUCUACACGGGAAUGGAGACCAAGAUGGCCUUGAACUACCAGUCCAAGUCCCAGAAGCGAUCCGCUGUGGAGAAGUCCAUGAACGUGUUCCUCAUCGUGUACCUCUGCAUCCUCAUCAGCAAGGCGCUGAUCAACACCACCCUCAAGUACGUGUGGCAGAGCGCGCCCUUCCGUGACGAGCCGUGGUACAACCAGAAGACCGAGUCAGAGAGGCAGAGGAAUCUGUUCCUCAGGGCCUUCACCGACUUCCUGGCCUUCAUGGUCCUCUUCAACUACAUCAUCCCCGUGUCCAUGUACGUCACGGUGGAGAUGCAGAAGUUCCUGGGCUCCUACUUCAUCACCUGGGACGAGGACAUGUUUGACGAGGAGACUGGGGAGGGGCCGCUGGUCAACACGUCCGACCUGAACGAGGAGCUGGGCCAGGUGGAGUACAUCUUCACUGACAAGACAGGCACCCUCACCGAGAACAACAUGGCCUUCAAGGAGUGCUGCAUCGAGGGCCACGUCUACGUGCCCCACGUCGUCUGCAACGGGCAGGUGCUGCGUGACUCCUCUGGCAUCGACAUGAUUGACUCGUCCCCCGGCAUCAGCAGCAGGGAGCAGGAGGAGCUGUUCUUCCGGGCUCUCUGUCUGUGCCACACCGUCCAGGUGAAGGAUGAGGACCACGUGGAUGGCCCCAGGAAGUCACCAGACUCAGGAAAAUCCUGCGUGUACAUCUCGUCCUCACCCGACGAGGUGGCACUGGUGGAAGGCGUGCAAAGGCUGGGCUUCACGUACCUGCGGCUGAAGGACAGCUACAUGGAGAUCUUGAAUAGGGACGGUGACAUCGAGAGGUUCGAGUUGCUGGAAGUGCUGAGCUUCGACUCCGUGAGGAGGAGGAUGAGCGUCAUCGUCAGAUCUGCCGCAGGGGAAAUAUAUCUGUUUUGCAAAGGAGCAGAUUCCUCCAUCUUCCCCCGAGUGAUCAAAGGCAAAGUAGACCAGAUCCGGUCCCGUGUGGAGCGCAACGCCGUGGAGGGGCUGCGCACGCUGUGUGUGGCCUACAAGAGGCUCGUCCCCGAGGAGUAUGAGGCUGUCUGUGGGCUGCUGCAGGCUGCCAAGGUGGCGCUCCAGGACCGGGACAAGAAGCUGGGCGAGGCCUACGAGCAGAUAGAGAAGGACCUCGUUCUGCUCGGUGCAACGGCUGUGGAGGACCGACUCCAGGAGAAAGCUGCAGACACCAUCGAGGCGCUGCAGAAAGCCGGUAUCAAAGUCUGGGUCCUCACGGGGGACAAAAUGGAGACGGCAGCAGCCACCUGCUAUGCCUGCAGGCUCUUCCGCAGGGGCACACAGCUGCUGGAACUGACCACCAAGAGGAUCGAGGAGCAGAGCCUGCACGACGUGCUCUUCGAGCUCAGCAAGACUGUGCUGCGCUGCAGCGGGAGCCUGACGCGGGACCAUUUCUCAGGGCUUUCCACAGAUAUGCACGACUAUGGGCUCAUCAUCGACGGAGCGGCGCUGUCCCUGAUCAUGAAGCCACGUGAAGACGGGAGCUCCGCCAACUACCGUGAGCUCUUCCUGGACAUCUGCCGGAACUGCAGCGCUGUGCUGUGCUGCCGGAUGGCGCCCCUGCAGAAGGCCCAGAUUGUUAAGCUAAUCAAAUUUUCCAAAGAGCACCCAAUCACACUGGCCAUCGGUGACGGCGCGAACGAUGUCAGCAUGAUCCUGGAGGCCCACGUGGGCAUAGGUGUCAUUGGGAAGGAGGGCCGGCAGGCUGCAAGGAACAGCGACUAUGCAAUCCCAAAAUUCAAGCAUUUAAAGAAGAUGCUUCUUGUUCACGGGCAUUUUUAUUACAUUAGGAUAUCUGAGCUUGUGCAAUACUUCUUUUAUAAGAAUGUCUGCUUCAUUUUCCCCCAGUUUUUAUACCAGUUCUUCUGUGGGUUUUCGCAACAGACUUUGUACGAUACCGCAUACCUGACCCUCUACAACAUCAGCUUCACCUCCCUCCCGAUUCUGCUCUACAGCCUGAUGGAGCAGCAUGUGGGCAUUGAUGUGCUUAAGAGGGACCCAUCCCUGUACAGGGACAUCGCCAAGAACGCGCUGCUCCGCUGGCGGGUGUUCAUCUACUGGACGUUCCUGGGGGUGUUCGAUGCCCUGGUCUUCUUCUUUGGUGCUUACUUCAUGUUUGAAAACACGACUGUGACCAGCAAUGGGCAGAUGUUUGGGAACUGGACCUUUGGGACGCUGGUGUUCACUGUGAUGGUGUUCACGGUCACUCUGAAGCUCGCACUGGACACGCACUACUGGACGUGGAUAAAUCACUUUGUCAUCUGGGGGUCGCUGCUCUUCUACGUCGUCUUCUCGCUGCUCUGGGGAGGAAUCAUCUGGCCAUUCCUCAGCUACCAGAGGAUGUACUACGUGUUCAUGCACAUGCUGUCCUGUGGGCCGGCCUGGCUCGGCAUCAUCCUGCUCAUCUCCGUCAGCCUCCUCCCUGAUGUCCUCAAGAAGGUGCUGUGCAGGCAGCUGUGGCCCACGGCGACCGAGCGAACCCAGAGGCGUGUGCAGCACAGAGCACCGGCCGACGCCACGCCGAGCCGCGACAGGCCCCUGCUGAAGGACCUCUUGCCCCAGUCGAGGCGCCGCUAGCGCAGCGCUAGAAAGUGCAGCGUGAGGAUGGCAGUCCAGAGCGCUCCCCUCCUGCCUCCCUGUGGAGCCCGGGUACUCGGGCCCCCAGGUCCAUGGCCGCCCUGCACAGCCCGCCACCCAGGAAGGGGCCGUGCGUGCUCUGGAGGAGUGAGGAGUAUGCCGUGCUCCUGCCCACCCAGGCCGCCCCUGCCCCCAUCACAGCCCCGGCGUCCUGUCGAGGCUUGCCCACAUGAUGGCACACGGAGUGCCCAGGGCAGCCCUGAGGUGCAAGCUGGGAAGAUGAGGAUGGGUCACCCUGUGAUCGUUGCUGCCAGCACCCAUGGGGCUCUGAUACAGGGCCUCUGCCCGGCUUGCCCAUGUGCCACCCUCCUGUCCUCAGCGUCUGCUGUGAUUGCUCGGAAAAGCUGUCUCUGGCCUCAGUCUCCUGCACCAUGGCGUUCCCACACGUGGACCGCUCCUGGACACCCCUCUGCACCUCCCUCCUGCAGAACCGCCACACUUUGAUCUGGGAACGGGCCACAGAGGACCUCGGCUGUGGGUCCAACCCGACCUGCAGUCUUGCUCUGCUUGUGCACUGCACCGCUUUGGGAAGCCUUUGGUCUGCUGAGGAGAGGCUGCCCUUGCAUUGCUGGGCCUUAGAGGGAUUGGGGUCCUCCUUACACCACCCACUGCCCUGUGGAAUGGAACGUGUCCACUGUGGGAAAGGCUCGCUAUUGGCCAGGCCGCUGCAGGAUCCCAGCAAUGUCCACCCCCAACAAGCCUGGGAUGAUGUCAGCUCCCUACCUGCAAAGUGUUCCUUCCUCAGGUGCUGGGGGCGGUGGCGUGAGGCCCUGGGACAGAUCUGUGACAGUGGUCAGGCUGGCUGUGUUCCCACUGAGAGCUGGACGGUCCCUGGGGGCCCAUCUUGGGCUGAUGUGGGUCACGUCCACGUGCAGUCCAAAGUUCAGCCACCUCCGCGUACCCCUGUGCAGGCUGUCUUCAGGGCCUGGCCAUCCUAGGGUCUGUCCAGGUCUAACCAGGGUGUCCAGGCCGUCAGAAGGCUGCUGCACUGUGAUGCCCCUGUGACUUCCACCUGUCUGCAUCCCCAGAAGGAUCUGUGUUCCGUAGCCUUAAUGGUCCCAGCAUAGGGAAGAUACCACUCAAGGCUGCCCUCAGUCCAGGGCACAAGGCCUUGCAGAAAAGCCCCUGCCAGCAGCCAGAGGAGCCAGCCCUGCACCUGCAGGCGUCCAGCGGGAUGCAGGUGCUGGAGAUCGCUCCGCCUCUGGCUAUGCUCCCACUCCUGUCCUCACCCAGGCCUGGGGCCAGGUCAGCAGCCAGGUGGCGAGCGCAGGGCGCCUACCAGAGCUGGGGUCACAUCUUGCCGAGAAGAGAGGAGGAGGACGCCGCCAUCCAGGCUGCCUCCACCUUCCCAUUUCCCAUCCCCUCCACGUCACCUGCCUGGCCACGGCCCACAGUGCCGUCUCCGUCCGCGUGGGGCGCCGUGCUCGGCUGUCGGUCCACGCUGACCUGCAGACAGCGUGCAUUUUUACAGCCCUUUUUAAGAACCCAAAGUGUGUACAAAUGUAUAAACCUGUAGGGGGACAGAUUCUCUGUAUGUUUAGUUAACAAAUUAUUUGUAAUGUAUUUUUUUAGAAAUCUUAAAAUUGCCUUUGCACUGAAGUAUUUUCAUAGCUGUUUAUAUCUCUUUUAUCUGUUUAUUUGCUAACAUAUCAUCUAAUUUUUAAAGUAUGUUUUUAAAGCUUUCAUUUUUUUAAGUUUAUGAAAUUUUGGCCACUUUGCAUUUAAAUUCCAAGAAUUUGGCUGACGGCUGAUGAAUGUGAAUUUUCAGAUUUCGUUUUCUUCUCCUCCUCAUCCCUUGGCACCCGGGGGUGCAGUGUAAGCACAGUAAUCUGCUCUGCUCCUUGGCAGCAUCGCCUGCUUUUCGCUCCUCUCUCCAUUUCCAUCCUCACCCUUCGUUCCCCUGCCCCACUCGGCCUGUGUGGGGCAGCCCGCUCUCUCUCCGUAACCCCAGUCUGCAUGAGGAGGCACCGCUCCAACCUCCAGUGUCUCUCAGACGUGCUGCAGGAAUGAUGUGUGUGCCUGAUUGUUUGAAACAGAGGG